AUGCCGUCCACCAAACAUCCCCAGGGCAACAGCAGCCAGUUUAACCAGAAGCUGAAGAAUUUCUUCCGCAUCAACAGCUUCGCUUCUAACGCGAGUUCCAACUCGGCGGGUAGCGAAAAGACCGCCACCCCGGCAGCGGCAACGGAGGCGGCGGCGGCGGCGGCGGCGGCGGUGCACCGUCGGCCGGCUCCGGUCGCAGACGGUCGCCAGCGAGGGCAACCCCUCGAUGACAGCAUUAUCAGCCCGACGGCCCACGCGAACCCCUACUUUGCCCACCAGGGCCUGCCCGGCCUCCGCCAUCGAAAUGAGGGCUCCGUGCCCCCAGCCCCCGAUACCCCCGACAUCAAGGUGAACGGGGGCGCCGGCGCCGUCGGCGUCGAUCAGCCCACCGCCGCUACCAAGGAGGAGCUCGCUCGCAAGCUUAGGAGGGUGGCGAGCGCUCCCAACGCCCAGGGCCUCUUUGCCAAGGGCAAGGGCAGCGGCGAGAGGCCCGCUACCGCCGAGCUCGGCAAAGACCCCCUCCUCCUGAGCAAGGAGUCGGGCCACCUCGAGCUCGUCAACGGCAAGGUGGUCGCGGGCGACGCGGCCAGGAAUAGGAGCAUGAGCAUCCCCGACAACGAUACCCUCGGCGCGCUUCCCCUUCCGUCCUCGAGGACCCCCGCGACGUUUCGGCGGACGUAUAGUUCCAAUUCGAUCAAGAUUCGCAAUGUCGAGGUUGGUCCGCAGAGCUUUGACAAGAUCAAGAUGAUUGGCAAGGGGGAUGUGGGCAAGGUUUAUCUGGUGCGAGAGAAGAAGAGCAGUAGGCUAUACGCUAUGAAGGUCCUCAGCAAGAAGGAAAUGAUCAAGCGAAACAAAAUUAAGCGAGCUCUCGCGGAGCAGGAAAUUCUCGCCACGAGUAACCACCCCUUCAUCGUCACCCUCUACCACUCCUUCCAGUCCGAGGACUACCUCUAUCUAUGCAUGGAAUACUGCAGCGGCGGCGAGUUCUUCAGGGCCCUUCAGACCCGCCCCGGGAAGUGCAUCAACGAGGACGACGCGAGGUUCUACGCCGCCGAAGUAACGGCUGCGCUCGAGUACCUCCAUCUCAUGGGCUUCAUCUACCGUGACUUGAAGCCAGAGAACAUCCUCCUCCACCAGUCCGGUCACAUCAUGCUUUCGGACUUUGAUCUCUCGAAGCAGUCUGGUCCCGGCGGCAAGCCGACAAUGAUUGUGGGCAAGAACGGCGCGAGUACGACAUCGCUACCGACGAUAGACACGAGAUCAUGCAUCGCCGAUUUCCGAACCAAUUCGUUUGUCGGCACGGAGGAGUACAUAGCGCCUGAGGUCAUCAAGGGUAGCGGCCAUACCAGCGCGGUAGAUUGGUGGACGUUGGGCAUCCUGAUCUACGAGAUGCUGUACGGCACGACGCCGUUCAAGGGAAAGAACCGUAACGCGACAUUUGCCAACAUCCUGAGAGAGGAUAUCCCUUUCCCCGACAGCCCUAGCAAGGAGCCAGUCUCCAACCUCUGCAAGUCUCUUAUCCGCAAACUCCUCAUCAAGGACGAAAACCGGAGGUUAGGAGCUCGCGCGGGGCUUCCGACAUCAAGGCGCAUCCCUUUUCCGGACGACGCAGUGGGCGCUCAUCCGGCACAUGAAGCCCCCAUCGUGCCCAAUGCCGGCCGCGGAAUCGAUACGAUCAACUUCCGGAACGUCAAGGAGAGCGAGAGCGUCGACAUCUCGGGAUCGAGACCCAUGGGACCCUUGGGCAAGAGCGUCGCUGUCGAUACUGGGCUCGCGACACCGGGCGACGGUACCGAUCCCUUUGAAGAAUUCAACAGCGUUACGCUACACCACGACGGGGACGACGACGGCGGCCUUCAUCUUUCGAUGGGGAGGAGUCGUUGA